AUGGCCCCUCGAGCUGGCUUCAAUACGGACCAGAUAAAGGACAAAGCCCGCAAGGAUCUCCUUUACCUGCUCGAGGCUGUCCGCGGAAAGAAGAACCUCAUCCUUGAGCGUAGCUUAGCCGGCCCAAUCGGCACCAUCGUCAAAGUUGCGACCCUCCAAGAAUACGGCGUGGACAAGUUCUUCUUCCUCGAGAACCAGAACGCCGACACCAGCCAGCGAAAUGUCAUCUUCAUUGCUCGCGGUGAAUGCGCGCGUCAUGCGCAGUCCAUAGCAGAGCAGAUUCGACGCUUACAACGCGAGAGCCAGACCGGUCAUGAGUUUCACAUAUUUUGGGUACCUCGACGUACACUCGUCUCCGACCAGCUGCUCGAGGAAGCCGGUGUCCUGGGGGAUGUCAACAUAUCCGAGCUUCCGCUCUACUUCUUCCCGCUGGAGAAGGAUGUUCUCUCACUAGAAUUAGACGACUCGUUCCGUGACUUAUAUCUCUCUAAGGAUGUCACGCCAUCCUUUUUGCUCGCCAAAGCACUGAUGGAAAUCCAACAGAACCAUGGCUUGUUCCCCCGAAUCAUUGGCAAGGGUGACAAUGCCAAACGAGUGGCUGAGCUUCUGGGUCGGAUGCGACAAGAGAUUCUUGCUGGCGAAGAUGCGAGUGAAACGAACCGAACGGGCUUAACGCCGAGCACAUUAACCGAAAGUAUCAUUAUAAUCGACCGAGAGGUUGACUUUGUCACUCCUCUGCUCACUCAAUUGACAUACGAAGGACUUAUUGACGAACUAUUCGGUAUCCAGAACAAUCAAGCUGAGGUGGACACCACCGUAGUCGGUGCCUCAUCACAAUCAUCGACUACAAGCGCGCAAACGAGGAAACGAAAGAUUCAGCUGGAUUCGUCUGAUAAACUGUACGAACAACUCCGAGACACCAACUUUGCCAUCGUUGGAAGUUUGUUAAAUAAGGUCGCUCGCCGUCUGCAAAACCUACAAAAGGACUACGAAGGUCGAAACAGUCAAAAAUCCAUUGCCGAGCUCAAAGACUUCGUCACCAAGUUGCCAGGGUACCAGGCUGAGCAGCAAAGCCUAAGAAUUCAUACAGGAUUAGCAGAGGAGAUCAUGAAAUAUACGCGAACUGAUCAGUUCAAGGGACUCCUGGAAGCCCAGCAGAACCUGGCUGCCGGAGCGGACCCCUCUACUCAGUUCGAAGCUAUUGAAGAGCUGAUCGCGCGCGACACACCACUUCCAGAGGUGCUUAGGCUGCUAUGCAUCUACUCCUGCAUAUCGGGUGGGAUCAAGCCCAAAGAGUUCGACCAGUUCCGGCGGCUGAUUCUGGAGGGUUAUGGAUACCAGCACAUCUUGACUCUCAACAACCUAGAGAAGCUCCAACUGUUCUUGUCUCGAUCAUCACCAUUGGCAGAAAUGAUCCCCAUGGCCGGAGCUGGAGGCAACAAUACGGGGACAAAGACUAAUUACACAUAUCUUCGCAAGCUACUUCGACUUAUCGUCGAUGAAGUUAAGGAGGAUGAUCCGAACGAUAUCGCAUAUGUGUACAGCGGAUACGCGCCGCUUUCGGUUCGGCUCGUCCAAUGUGUCCUGCAGAAGCAAUACCUUCUUCAAGUUACCCGGGGAAAUGGCGCUAGCGGUGCGGCAGGAGCAUCGGCAGCACAGGGCUGGCAUGGCUUCGAUGAGGCCGUCAAGCACGUUCGCGGGCAGACUUUCUACGAGUUGCAAAAAGGCGAGGAAAAGGCUGUCAAAGCUCGGGCUCUCCUAUCCGGAGGUACCGAAAAGCAGACUGUGUUUGUGGUGUUUGUUGGAGGCAUAACGUUUACGGAAAUUGCUGCUUUGCGGUUCAUUGCGAAGCAGGAAGAAGCACGGAGAAAUAUCGUCAUCUGCACGACAUCAAUCAUUAGCGGAGACCGAAUGAUGGACGCAGCGAUUGAAAAAGAGUCAUUCGCCAGAGACAAUAUUAAGCCUGCGAGCCCAAGCCAGUAA